AUGCUGUUUUCUAUUUCGCAAGAACACCUACGGCUAAUCGGAUUCGUCUUGGUGGUCUUUGUAGCAUGCAUGCUGAAGCUCGUGUCCAUGACAACGAGGUGGAAGAAUGCGCCCCCAGGUCCCCCUGCACUCCCAUUGAUAGGAAACUUACACCAGAUCCCGAAGCGCGAUCUCCAUCUGCAAUAUCAGCGAUGGGGUCAAGAAUAUGGCCCCAUAUUCUCGCUUAAGCUAGGGUCGCAGAACGUCGUCGUCCUUACAAAGGGUGAAGUUAUCAAGAGGGUGGUUGACAAACGGAGCGGCAACUACGCCGGUCGCCCCAAGCUCUACAUGCAAGACAUCUGGGAAGGCUCCAGAAUAAUCAUGCGUGGCUAUGACGCCUUAUGGAAAGUCGAACGCAAGCUAUAUCAUCAAUUCCUAAACAUCAACAAGGCUCAACGAUAUAUUCCGUACCAGGACGUCGAAACAAAACAGCUACUCGUCGACAUGCUCUCCGAUUCGCGUGACUUUGAAAAUCUCAUUACACGCACCACAUUAAGUAUUGCGACCAGUAUGGCGUAUGGGUUCCGGGUUCUCGACCCGAAGAGCGAGGUGAUGCUGGAGCUCUUUAGAAACACCCACGGCUUCUUCGUUAUGGUGAACAGCAGUAAGUUUCUGGAUUGGUAUCCACAGCUAAGACUGGUUGUCAAAGCUUUUCCAUCGUGGAUCUAUCCGAUGGCAAAAAAAGCUAAAGAGGUCUACUAUCGUGAAAAAGCUCAAUUCCGCCACUUAUACACGGCGGCGACACGCGCCGCUCAGGUGGAUAAUGCUCUCCCCAGCUUUUCAGCCGAUAUCAGCCUGGCAAAAGAGUCGUGGAAAGGUAGCGCAAAUGGAACGCUUCUCACAGAGCAUGCUGCUUCGUAUAUCGCAGGUAUUGCAAUGGAGGGGGCUGCCGAUACUUCAAGUAACACGCUUGCUGGUAUGAUCAAGGCUAUGAUGUUAUUCCCAGCCGUACAGGAAAAGGCACAGCAAGAAUUGGAUUCAGUGGUUGGUCAUGACCGGCUGCCUACAAUGGAAGAUUUCGAAUCCCUUCCAUAUAUUCGCCAAGUGACAAAAGAAGCACUGAGAUGGCUUCCAACGGCCAUUAGUGGUGCCAUCCCGCACGCCAGUCUCGAGGACGACGAGGUAGACGGAUAUAAAAUUCCGCGUGGCACGACCAUCGUGCUGGCAGUAUGGGCCGCCAACAAUGAUCCUGACCUGUUUCCCAACCCCCGAGAGUUUGAUCCGACGAGGCACAACGCAUCUCUGUCCUUUCAGGAGGCAGCCUCUGCACCCGACUAUAAGGACCGCGACAACUGGACCUUUGGCGCUGGACGGCGUAUCUGCCCGGGAAUCCAUGUCGCAGAGAGGACGCUUUUCCUGGUCACAGCUCGCUUGUUAUGGAUGUUUAACAUUUAUAAGGCGAGGGAUGCGCACGGCAACGAGAUAGAAGUUGACAAAGAUGAGGUCACUCAAUCCAUCGCCGCAAGACCAGUCUCCUUUCCAUGCCUUGUUACUCCACGCAGUGAAAAGCGUGCUGAGAUUGCCCGAGCCGAAUGGGAGGAAGCGAAAAAUUUGUUGGAUGAAAAUGGAAAUUACAGGCUCAACGUGCUCAGGUGA